CCGUGCCGGGCGGGGCGGGGCGGAGCGCGGCCCUCCCCUCUUUCUCUCGCGUUGGUUCUGCCUGCAAGGCUCUCGUCGCUGUUGCCGCCUCACUUUGCUGGUGCUCGCGCCCGUCUCCGCUCCGGGCCGCUUGGGCGUUUUCUCUCUGCCUUAAAGUCGGGUGUCUUUUAUGAAUAAUCAAAAGCCGCAGAAGCCGACGCUAUCGGGGCAGCGUUUUAAAACUAGAAAGAGAGAUGAAAAAGAGAGGUUUGACCCUACUCAGUUCCAAGACUGUAUUAUUCAAGGUUUAACUGAAACUGGCACUGACUUGGAGGCAGUAGCGAAGUUUCUUGAUGCUUCUGGUGCAAAACUUGACUAUCGCCGCUAUGCAGAAACGCUUUUUGACAUCCUGGUGGCUGGUGGAAUGCUGGCCCCAGGUGGUACCCUGGCAGAUGACAUGACACGCACAAACGUCUGUGUAUUCGCUGCACAGGAAGACCUAGAAACCAUGCAAGCAUUUGCUCAGGUUUUUAACAAGCUAAUCAGGCGUUACAAGUACCUGGAGAAAGGCUUUGAAGACGAAGUCAAAAAGUUGCUGCUGUUCCUGAAAGGGUUCUCAGAGUCUGAGCGGAACAAACUGGCCAUGCUGACAGGUAUUCUGCUUGCCAACGGGACGCUUAAUGCAUCAAUUCUUAACAGUCUCUACAAUGAGAACUUGGUUAAAGAAGGUGUUUCUGCAGCUUUUGCAGUCAAGCUGUUCAAAUCAUGGAUAAAUGAGAAAGAUAUUAAUGCAGUGGCUGUCAGUCUUCGUAAAGUCAACAUGGAUAACAGGCUGAUGGAACUCUUCCCAGCCAACAAACAAAGUGUUGAACACUUUUCCAAGUACUUUACUGAAGCAGGACUGAAGGAACUUUCUGAGUAUGUUCGGAACCAGCAGACCAUAGGAGCUCGGAAAGAGCUGCAGAAAGAGCUUCAGGAGCAGAUGUCUCGGGGAGAUCCAUUCAAGGAUAUAAUCUUGUACGUGAAGGAGGAGAUGAAGAAAAACAACAUCUCAGAACAGACUGUGGUAGCCAUAAUCUGGUCAAGUGUAAUGAGCACAGUGGAAUGGAACAAAAAGGAGGAGCUGGUAGCAGAGCAAGCCAUUAAGCACUUGAAGCAAUACAGCCCUCUACUUGCUGCCUUUACUACCCAAGGUCAGUCAGAGCUGACUCUUCUGUUGAAGAUUCAGGAGUAUUGUUAUGACAAUAUUCAUUUCAUGAAGGCCUUCCAGAAAAUAGUGGUGCUCUUCUAUAAAGCUGAAGUUCUGAGUGAAGAACCCAUCCUCAAGUGGUAUAAAGAUGCACAUCUUGCAAAAGGAAAGAGUGUUUUUCUGGAGCAAAUGAAAAAGUUUGUCGAAUGGCUCAAGAAUGCUGAAGAAGAGUCGGAAUCUGAAGCUGAAGAGGGUGACUGACCUGUGACACUGUCCUUGGCAAAGCAAACGGGAGCUGUAGAUAAGUGUCAUGUCUCAUGUGUCCUUCUGGUUCCUACAUCCUACCUCCCUGUAUCAAGCAUGAUAUAAGGGCUCUCAUGGCAAUUUCUUUUAACUGUUUUCUAUAGUUAUUGAGAUGAUACUGGAUUUAGUUUUUAAAAACAUGUUCUAAGUAGCUUACAGGAGCUGUUACAGAUUUGACUCUAACCUGCAUUUGUCCUUUCAGUUCUAUUCUACCUCCUGUAUUUUCUACUGUAAUAAUGUAAUUUAAGGCCUUCCACAAUGAAAUCCAUCUUACUUUU